AAUAAUCGGAUACAAAUGAUGGAUCGUUUCCCUCGACUUUCUCCCCUUCUCCGGAUCUCUAAUUUCCACUCCUGAAAGCUCUGCAAUUCGCCAUUUGAAUCAAAUAUGAAAAACAGAUUCUGAACCAAAGAAGUCGGAGGAGAAAAUGGCGUGGUGGGGAAGAGAAAGUGAUGCGAUUGAGCAUAUUCGGAGUGGAGGUCCACCCUCUGGCCAGAUUCGCGUCCUCGUAGUCGGAGACUCAGGCGUGGGAAAAACUUCUCUCGUGCAUCUAAUUCUUAAAGGUUCUUCAAUUGCCCAUCCACGUCCAACAGUUGGGUGUGCAGUUGAUGUAAAGCAUAUUAGCUAUGGAGGUGCAAGCAUGUCAUCUAACAGCAAACAAGGUGAUCGGGAGGGUGACUUCUUUGUUGAGCUUUGGGAUAUCUCUGGACAUGAUCGGUACAAGGACUGUCGAUAUCUUUUUUAUACCCAAAUCCAUGGUGUUAUCUUCGUCCACGAUCUCUCUCAAAGGAGGACGAAAACUAGUUUGCAGAAUUGGGCUGCGGAGAUUGCAUCAACAGGCACAUUUUCAGCUCCUCUUGAAUCUGGAGGUCCAAGGAGCCUUCCUGUUCCUUGUCUCAUUAUUGCCAACAAAGCCGACAUAUUCUCAAAUCGGCGCCAUCGAAGCAGCGGCAAUCUAUUCGAUGUUGCUAGAAUGUGGGCCGAGAAGCAAGGCCUUGUUCCACCUAGUGAGGAGCUUCCAUUGACAGAUAGCUUUCCGGGCAGCUCAAGCCUUCUUGCGGCUGCUAAAGAAGCUAGAUAUGACAAAGAAGCUGUAAUGAAAUUUUUUAAACAGUUGAUUAGGAGAAGAUACUUUGCCGAUGAACAACCUGCACCGACCCCAUGCCCAAUUCCUCCAGUAAUUGAUAAUCAAUUACAUAGCAGUUUCAGUAUUUAUAGGGUUGAUCAGCCAACACUUGAUUCUCAAAGAAAUUAUUUACCGCAUGGCUACUGUUUUCAGAGAUUUUCAGAAAUCAAACCUUCUGAAUCAGAUAAAUACGAAGUUGAAAUAGUUGAAACAAUGUGAAAAUUGAUGAGAAAUUAUUUAGGGGGGGGAGGGUUUACUCAUUCCAAUCAAGGAGUUAUAUGGCUGUGUACAAUUGGGUGCAUAUAUGGCACAUGUCAGCAUCUGAUUGGCUGUGCCCUAAGUUCUUUUUUUUUUUUUGAAAUAUUUACACACAUGCCACUCAUUUCCUACGUAUUUAGAUAUGUAACACCUAAGUUUCAAUUCUUACACCUUAGGUAUUUUUUAUGUGAUAAGAAAG